GAUGAGGAAUAACAACCAAACACUACCAGGUGACAUCCUCGCCUCACAGGGGUAUGACGUCACGUGGACCAUAGCCUUAGGCCUCAAUGCUACAAUGACAACUUUGACGGAGACAGGCAGCAACAAGACCCUCGAGGACUUCACGUACACAGACAAGGAGCUGGGGGAUUUGAUCCACAGUCACAUGCUGAACGUCAGCUUCCAGGCCUUGAAGGGACCGGUGUCCUUCGACAAGAACGGGGACCUCAUUGGUUACGUCACAGUGGAACAGAUACAGGAUGGUGAACGGAGGAUGAUAUGUGUGGUGAGAGAAGACCAGGAGGGGAGGCUGAACCUGACGCUAGCUCGCUGGGAAGGUGGCGUCCCUCAAAAAGACGGCGUGUUGACGUACACGUUGACCUUGACAUUGUCGCCGGUCCUGUAUGGCUUCAUGUGCACUCUAGCUGCUUUAGGUCUCCUGGCCUCUAUCGCCUUCCUCAUCUUCAACAUCUAUAACAGAAAAGUGAAAUUUAUUAAGCUCUCUUCGCCACGUAUCAAUAACAUAAUCCUCAUCGGUUGUAUAUUGACCUACGUCGCUGUCUUCGUCUCAGCGUUGGAACCUUCUUUAGCAUGUACGGGGAGACGGUACCCUGCCAUUCUGGGAUGGUCCUUAAUAUUUGGUGCUCUGUUUUCCAAAACAUGGAGGGUUCAUUUAAUUUUCACCAACGUGAAACUACAGAAAAAGGUUUUGAAGGACAGCCACUUGUUCCUGAUGGUGGCUGCUCUGACCCUCUUCAACCUGGUCCUGCUGGUCAGCUGGUCAGUAUUUGACCCCCUGUACAUACGCUGGGACGAGCUGUCCGUGGAGACACGGGACAAUGGAGACACCCGCCUCCGCUAUCUGGGAGCCAUUUGCCAGUCCAACUACAUCCGCUACUUCGACGCCGUGCUGUUCUCGGUCCAGGGCAUCCUCCUGAUGCUGGGCGCCUUCCUCGCCUGGGAGACCAAGAAGGUGAAAGUGGAAGCUCUCAACGACUCCAAGAACAUCGCCGUGUGCAUCUACAACUCCGCCGUCCUUGGAAUACUCCACAUCAUCAUCACCGCCACCAUGACCUUGCAACCUAACCUCGAGUACGGCAUCACGGCAACAAUCUACUUCAUCACUGCCACGGCCGUUCAGUGUAUCAUAUUUGUACCGAAAGUUCUGCAGUAUCGGAAUCACCGCUUAAAUCCCGAACCCGACCGGGGACUGACGAUUGGAAAGGAAGCGACGGUUACGUCAACUCACAUCUCCACCGUUGACGACCCGUCCCACAUAUUGAAACAAAAAGACAACGAAAUAGCUAAACUACACGAGCAGCUGGAGAAGAUGAAGCUCCUUGCCAAACAGGCGUGUACCCCUGCAGGAGACAAGAUGGCCCUACCCAAUACGGACGACGGCGUGACGUUACCACCAAAGGCCUAACACCACCAACCAUUUCAACCUCCGUCCACAAACUCGUUGUGUGAUAUCUGUGAAAUCAACAUCAGCACCAUCGUUUGUUUCAGGAACUGUCCAAUUUCAGUCACCCACCCCGUUUCCACAAAGAAUGUUAUGGCAAAGCCGACGUCAUUUUUAGCUGUAGAGCCUAAAAAUAUGUCUGACUCUGCCUUCCGACGAGCUGUCAGAAUCAGACAGCAGAACACCCGUCUGACUCUGACGUUUGGACAUAUGUGUCUUACCUUGACUGUGACUGUCAGAUAUGUAUCUGAAAAGACUUUGUCACAUCUGACGGACUUCACUUUUCGAGCCGAAUACAUGUGUGCCUGUGUUAUUCUCGCUGUAUACUAUAGACAACGGAUGGCCCUGGACAAGGUGUAAAGAGUUCCACCCCUUUGCUUGCAGAAACCUCAACGUGUUUUGUUCGAAGUCCAGAGUUGCCUGAAACCGGUCAAAUGCUAUCAUCACGUUUUGACUCAUUUACCUGUCAUGUCACGACAUAUCUGAAAUACUGUCGGGCGCGAAAUAUUGUUUUUAUGGCCCGGUUCUUAUCGAUCAGACGUGGAUUGCUCAACACAUCUGAGCAUGGGUGAGUCAUCAACACCACAGCUUCCUCUGACGUUUGCCUGUCUUUACUGUGAGUGAGUGAGUCAGGUUUAACGCCGCUUUGAACAGUACAGCAGUUAUAUCACGGCGUGCUCGAUGUGAGAGUAAUGUCUGAAGUCUCUGACCUAUCGCUGACGUUUGAAAUCCACAAGCAAGGAUGCGGUGCUGAAAACCCAAGAAACGUAUUCGGGGAGAACCAGGGUUCAAACCCACAUUCAUAGGUUUCUGGUGUACUCAAGGGAGGUAACUGUGUACAGCGAAUAUGGACGCCUAAGACAACCAGCCGUCUGUGGCGCCGAGUGGCGCAAGAUAAUUACGGCGUUGUGAGUGUUGAAUAAAGUAUAUUAACGUCCCCCAUACUGUGGCACGUGAGAGGUGCUUCAGUGAGCGUUACAACGACGAAUGAGCAUCAUCAUCCAAAUCAUCAUCAUCCUAAUGUUCCUCAUCAAUUACAAGCAGCAGCAACAAUGACAACAGCUGUCACCAUUGUGCCCAACGUUAGCACUCCGCGCUGCAUUUCUAUAUCAUAUUCAUCGAUCGACCUACUAGAGCAAAAAUCAAAUAUAAAUACAUAGCAAGAAUACAGAUUUACAAUGGAACAGCCGGAAACUGACUUGAAGGAUCGAACGCACUGCAUCAUUUCUUUGGUGCAUAUCUGAACCUAAAAAAAACAACAAACAAAAAACUGGUAUGAAGACAUUGUCAACCGUUGCUGGGCUGAAAGAAAUUCUGGGUACAAUUGACUUUGGCGUGCAAAAACACUGCGAAACACCCAUAUCCAUGCAAAAGUUAGCACUGUGAUACGGUGGAGAUUAGGGUACGUUUGUCUUCGUGGAUCCGAGGUAAUUCAACAUUAUUGUAGCGUGUCACAUACUUGUAAACAUUCCUAUGUGUUCAUUUCCGUGAAACAUUGCACUCAAAGCACUAGCACUUUUAUAAAUGUGUACUUUUAGCAUAUGAAGGACCGGAACCUCUACAGACGGUCGGCAGCAAAAGUACUCACAGCAGACUGACCACAGGAUGAACAUUUCACUCCUGUUGUAGACCACGAGGC